AGCAUGUGUGGGUCAGCAGCCAUCAAAUUUGAUUAGAAUUCGGAAAAGAUAUAAUAUAGAAUAAAAAUAGUAUAGCACCAAAGUUUCAACCAUACAACUACAAGUCGACGACCAUCUGUUCUGAUAUUCCGAUCAUCUCAGACCGACUAUGGCCGAUAUGCAACACUCGACAGUGAGAGUCCUUGAGCAAACCCAGGUUUCUCCACCACCGGGUACAGUUCCUUCAACCUCUCUUCCUCUCACGUUCUUCGACGCUCCAUGGCUUCUUUGCCGUCCCAUGCAACGCCUUUACUUCUACGAAUUCCCUCAUCCCACCCACCACUUCUUGCACACCAUCCUUCCCUCUCUCAAACACUCACUCUCCCUCACUCUCCGUCACUUCUUUCCCUUAUCUGCCAAUCUCCUCUGCCCUCCUUUUCCUGCUAAACCCCAUUUCUUCUACACUAAUGGCGAUUCAAUCCGUCUCACCGUCGUUGAAUCCCCCGCCGAUUUCAACCACCUGAUGGCCGAUUACCCACGAAACGUCCAGGAACUCCACCCUUUUGUCCCCAACCUGCCUCCAGCACGUGUGGUGGAUGGUGACACACGUGUGGUCCCUGUCAUGGCCUUGCAGUCAGUUACAUUUAGCCACGUGGCUGCUGAUGGGAGAGCUUUCCAUCAUUUCAUGAAAUCUUGGGCGUCCGUUUGUAAGACUGGAGCACAUGACCUGACGAGCAUUGAAAAGUCAAUCCCAUUUCAUGAUAGAGCCGUGGUCAAAGACCCAAAUGGGUUGGAACUCAUUUUCUUAAAGGAGUGGUGGAAUUGGGCAUCCACGUGGAAGGAGGGUGAUUCGGUAAUUUCAGACCAGCUUGCUGAUAAAGUUCGAGCCACAUUUGAUUUGGGUCAUUCCCAAAUUGAGAGACUAAAACAUUGGGUCCAAAAUCAAUGCAGUGACACCACCAAUUUAUAUACUUCGACAUUUGUUGUCACUUGUGCAUUGAUAUGGGUAUGUUUGGUUAAGUCACAACAGGCUUUCGGAGAAACCAAUAAUGUUCCAGACAGAAAUUACGAGAAGCCUUGUUACUUAAUUUUCGUAGCAGAUUGUCGAAAUCGCUUUGAAUUGUCAAUACCAUUUACCUACUUUGGAAAUUGCCUGGCUUUGUGCUUUGUAUCCGUGAAGAAGAGCGAGCUAUUGGGAGUGAAUGGAAUGGUGGAGGCUGUGAAAGCUAUAGGGAACAAAGUUGGGGAAUUGGAGAGUGGAGGUUUGAAAGGGGCUGAGAAAUGGAUGUUGGAUUGGAAAACAGUAGCAGAAUUAGGGGAUUAUAUUACGGUUGCUGGGUCACAGAGGCUGGGUAUUUAUGAGACAGAUUUUGGGUGGGGGAGGCCCAAAAAGACUGAACUUGUGCAGAUUGAUGUCUCGGGUGCUAUUUCUCUUGCUGAGAAUAGGGAAGACAAGGAUGGGGUUGAAGUUGGAUUAGCGUUGAGUAGACCUAACAUGGACCAUUUCAAUUCUAUUUUGGAAAAAAGUUUACGGCUAUUUCAUUGAAUAUUGUGAAAGCCCAAGCAUUUUACCGGUGUAUGUAUGUGUUACCAAUUUACUUGUCAAAUAAAAAUUACAAAAGCUUACUCUUAAAACAAGUAUUUU